CAAAAUCAACCUAAUUUACCUUUGUCUUUCGCCGGCGCACUCGUCAAAGGUGGGAAUGGAAUCGCCGACACAGACGGCGGAGCAAAUAGAGUCAAUGACUGAGUUUCUAGUGAAGCACUAUUCGGAUCAGCUCCGCGACAUCUCUCUAUCUCCCGAUCCAAAACUUCACUACCCUCUCUUCAUCGAAUUCGCAGAACUCGUUGACGAUGAUCCCUCUCUAUCGCGACUCGUUUUCUCCAAUCCUGAACAGUAUCUUCGUCAAUUCGACGAAUCAGCCAUUUUAGCUCACAAAAUUGCGUUGGAGCAUAUAAAGAAAUUUGAGAACAAGAUUGGGAUUGAGAAGAGAUUUAUACAUGUUCGUAUUGACACUAGUGGAUCUCCUCUAGAACGAAGCUCUGAGACUUUCCCAAGUAUUGGCCGAGUUAGAGUAAAGCACCGUGGGAUUCUUCUGAUGUUGAAAGGCACGGUGAUUCGCUCCGGGGCUGUCAAAAUGUAUGAAGGAGAAAGGAUGUACCGAUGCCGUAAAUGCAAGUUCAUGUUUCCUAUUUUCCCUGAGUUGGAAUCAAUUAACUCAAUUGUGAAACCGCCCUUUUGUCCUUCUCAGCGGUCUAAAUCUUGUGAAGGCACAAACUUUGAUCCUGUAGAUGAUACAGUAACACGCCAUGAUUACCAAGAAAUCAAAAUCCAAGAAAAUACUCAGGUUUUGGGUGUUGGGGUUAUCCCAAGGUCCAUUCUAGUCGUCCUGAAAGAUGACCUUGUUGACAAUGUUAAAGCUGGAGAUGAUGUUGUUGUCUCUGGAAUCUUGACUUCAAAAUGGUCUCAUGACUUAAAAGACGUUCGCUGCGACCUUGAACCUAUGUUGAUUGGCAAUCAUGUCAGAAGAACUAAUGAACUGAAAUCAGAAAUUGAUAUAUCUUAUCAAUUGAUCGAGAAGUUUAAGAACUUUUGGAGCCACUUCAAAGAUACUCCUUUGAAAGGGAGAAAUGCUAUCUUACGAGGUAUCUGCCCCCAAGUCUUUGGACUCUUCACUGUUAAGCUUGCAGUUGCCUUAACACUCAUUGGAGGUGUGCAGCAUGUUGAUGCUUCUGGGACAAAAGUUCGGGGAGAAUCUCACUUGCUUCUUAUUGGUGAUCCAGGCACUGGAAAAUCUCAGUUCUUGAAGUUUGCUGCAAAACUGAGCAACAGAGCUGUGAUCACAACGGGACUAGGAAGCACAAGUGCUGGAUUGACUGUAACUGCAGUGAAGGAUGGAGGAGAGUGGAUGUUGGAAGCUGGGGCCCUUGUUCUUGCAGAUGGUGGACUCUGCUGUAUUGAUGAAUUUGAUAGAAGCAUGACAGAGCAUGACAGAGCAACCAUACAUGAAGCAAUGGAGCAACAAAGUAUUAGCGUUGCGAAGGCUGGCCUUGUAACGACCCUUAGCACAAAGACAAUCGUCUUUGGUGCUACAAAUCCUAAAGGACAAUAUGAUCCUGAUCAAUCACUUUCUGUCAAUACUGCACUUUCCGGUCCCUUGUUGAGCAGAUUUGAUAUUGUGCUUGUUCUCUUAGAUACUAAAAAUCCCGAAUGGGAUGCAGUUGUAUCUUCUCACAUCCUUGCCGAGGUGCAAAUAGAGGAAGAUAGGUAUGUGGAUGAUCUGACAACUAUUUGGCCACUACCGGUGCUUCAAAGAUACAUUCAGUUUGUGAAAAAAAACUUCAGGCCUGUUCUAUCAAAGGAAGCAGAAGAAAUUAUUUCAAGUUAUUAUCGACCUGUGUUUAAAAAAGCGUCGCCUAGGCGAGAGGCGAGGUGAUUAUAAGGGUGUAGCGCCUCUAGUAGAUGAGGCCAGGCGGUAGACCAAAGGCGCUCGCUUCGGGAUGCCUUGCCAUGGAGCCCGCCUCAUCUCGCUUAGCGCCUGCAAUAGUAGGAGUUGCGCCUCAUACACCAAAGGCGUGGGGCGAAUAUCGCCUAGGCGCAGGGCGCCAAACCUACCCUUGCCUCUCGCCAUUUAAAACACAGUUAUCGACUCCAAAGAAGAUCAUCGACACAUAAUGCAGCUAGAACAACUGUGCGGAUGUUGGAAAGCUUGAUCCGUCUGGCUCAAGCUCACGCAAGGCUUAUGUUCAGAAAUGAGGUCACACGAUUAGAUGCAAUAACAGCAAUCUUGUGCAUUGAAUCAUCGAUGACCAUUUCAGCCAUCGUAGAUAGUAUGGGGAAUGCACUGCACUCUAAUUUCUCCGAAGAACCAGAUCAGGAAUACGCAAAGCAAGAGAAGAUCAUCCUUGAAAAACUAAGAGGAGACGACAUCUAUUAGCAUUCUGGCUUCGAUGAGUAGUGACCCGCAGAGAGAGAGAGAGAGACAGAGAUAGGUUUGCAGCUGUAAUCUCCUUCACAUUUCUCCUGCAAGUUUUUUGUUUUUUAUGUAUAGAUGGCGUUCUGUGUGAUAAGGUAGGUUUUCAGACGGAUUCUAAAGCACUAGAGCAUUAUCAAAAAAAAAAAGAAAUAUAUGCAAGCAUGAUUGGCCUUAACCAAUGUCAAAAGAAACAUUCUUCUAAUUU